AUGAAUUGUGCCACUUGGAAUGUAAGGGGUCUUAAUAAGCGGUCUCAUCAAAAAGAGGCCCUUCAUUUUGUUGAUUCUAAUCAUCUUAGCUUUGUUGGUUUUAUGGAAACUAAAGUUAAAGUUCAAAAUAUGUCCAAGGUUGUAAAUAGAAUUAAACGAAACUUGUCUUGGGUUUCUAAGCAUGCUGAUCAUUAUAAUGGUCGUAUUAUUAUUGGUUGGGAUGCUGCUAUUUGGACUGUUUCUGUUCUAAACUCCAGCCCUCAACAUGUUACUUGUCGUGCGUUAUUUAAAGAGAACAAUUCUAGCUUUGUCAUUUCGUUUAUCUAUGCUUUUAAUGAUGGAUGUGAUCGUGUACCUCGGUGGAAUUUUAUUUCCUCUUAUUCUGUGGGUGAAUCCUGGUGCCUGGCUGGGGAUUUUAAUACUGUGUUGAGCAUUUCUGAAAUUCUGGGGGGUCGUGAGCACUGGACACCCGAGAUGCAAGCUUUUAAAGACUGUGUGGCUGAUGCUGGUCUCACUUGUCUUCGAACCAUUGGGGAUACUUUUACCUGGACAAACAGAAGGGAGAAUGACUUGGUGUUGAAAAGAUUAGACAGGGUCCUUGUUAAUGACUCUUGGCUUCUGAACUUCGCCUCGAGUCAAGUGGUAGUCCAUAAUAGAGGCAUUAUGGAUCAUCAUGCUCUAGUCAUCACUGGCUUGGGACACUCUGCUUUAUGGGAUCCGCUUGCUGUUUUUUGGAGAAAACUUAAACUUGUUCGAGCUAAUCUGGUGAUUUUGAAUAGGGAGCAUGGGGAUGUUCGUUCUGUUGUCCAGCAGUGCCGCACACCCCUUGCCUUCGUUCAAAAUUCUGUGACCCUUGAUAGGGGAAAUACAUCUCUGUUGCAUGCUGAGGACUCUGCCAUCUCUGCCCUCAACACUGCUCUUGAUCAUGAGGAGGAGCUCUACAAACAAAAGUCUAGAUGUAAAUGGUUGAAAUUGGGAGACUCGAAUACCAAGUUCUUCUUUGGCCAAACUCGUACCAACUGGAAUACCAACAAGAUCCUUUCAAUUCUCAAUCAGAAUGGUGACCUUGUCCAUGGUCACGAUGCUGUAGCGAGUGUGGCUGUUAAUCAUUUCCAAGGUCAUCUUGGUUCUGCUGGGGAACGAGUUGCUUUGGAUUGGGAGAACUUAUCUUGCCCUCUUCUCCCCUUGGACACUCAUGAAGCACUUGUUGCUCCUGUUACGGAUGACUUGAUCCUCCAAACUCUUAAGUCGCUUAAACCUGGCAAGGCACCGGGUCCUGAUGGGUUUAAUCGUGAGUUCUUUCUUGCGACUUGGUCAAUCUUUGGUCGCGACUUUUGCAAAGCGGUCCGGAGUUUUUUUGAGGGUGACCCCAUGCACCUUGGGGUGAAUUCUACUCUUAUUGCACUGGUUCCUAAAACUCGGUCGCCCACCUGUAUGAAAGACUUUCGUCCGAUUGCUCUAUGUUCUGCUAUCUAUAAGUGCAUCUCGAAGAUUAUUGCUUGUAGACUCAAGUGUGUUAUGCCUGGAAUAAUUGAUAAGGCACAAUCUGCUUUCGUCCCUGGUCGCCAGAUUAGUGAUAACAUUCUUCUUGCCCAGGAGCUCUUUAGGGGGUAUGGUCGAGAAACUGGACUCCCAAAAUGUGCCUUAAAACUCGACCUCAACAAGGCUUUCGAUUCAAUUAAUUGGGAUUUUUUGCUGGACUGCCUUCAUUAUAUGAACUUCCCAUCCAGAUUCAUUACCUGGAUAAAAGGAUGUGUUUGCACCACUUGCUUCUCUGUCAAGCUUAAUGGGGCCAGUGUGGGGUUCUUCAAGGGCGCAAAGGGGCUUAGACAGGGUGACCCCAUCUCGCCUUACCUCUUCACCCUCGCAAUGAAUGUGUUCUCUUCUAUUCUCAAUCAGGUUCCAACUGGUUUUCAGUAUCAUUGGAAGUGCAAAGAACUCAAGCUCACACACUUGUUCUUUGCUGAUGAUGUACUCAUUUUCUUGAGGGGCGACAGGGUGUCGAUUGGGCACAUCAUAGACUCUCUUGCUAAAUUUUCUCGGGUUAGUGGCCUUACUGCCAAUCUUUUGAAGAGUACUUGCUUUCUUAAUAAUUGUGAUGCUCUGUUGACCUCUUGGUUUGAUCAUACUUAUGCUAUUCCUCAUGGCACUUUACCUGUGCGCUUCCUUGGUGUGCCCCUUAUCACAAAGCAACUCUGUGUUAACGACUGCAUGCCCUUAAUUGAAAAAUUAACUGCUCGCAUUGAUGACUGGACGAAUAUUUUGCUCUCUAUUGCUGGAAGGGUCCAACUUAUAAAGUCUGUCCUUCUUGCCAUGAUUUCAUUUUGGACACGCCACUUCAUUCUCCCCAAGGGUGUUCAUCACACUAUUCGGUCCAUACUCACCCGGUUCUUGUGGAAAGGUUCUUUGGUUGUUGGUGGAGCCAAAGUUGCCUGGGUGGAUCUCUGUCUACCUAAAGAGGAGGGUGGGCUUGGUAUCCCCAACCCGGCUACAUGGAAUGAAGCACAGAUUCUCUCCCAUCUUUGGAAAAUUGUGAAUAAAGAUUGCUCUUCUCUUUGGGUUAACUGGGUUAUUCACUCUGUGGUCAAACAGAAGUCCUUCUGGUUACUCCCCACCCCAACUGACUGCUCCUGGAUUUGGCGUAAGCUUUUAUCACUACGUGACUCAGCUAAAGCUCACAUCAGAUUCAUAAUUGGUAACGGAGCCUCAACUUUACUCUGGCUUGACCCCUGGUAUAACUCGACUACUAUUGCCACAUGCUCUACGGAUCCAAUUAUUUCACACCUGGGCUCCUCUCCCCAAGCCUUGGUUUCUGAUUGGAUCUCUCAUGGUCACUGGGCGAUCCCGGAACCUGUCUCUAGCCAGCGUCGAAGUGGGACUCGAUUUAGUAAUUGGUUGACAACCUUCUCCUACCCCACCGUGUCUACCAGCUCUGAUGUUCUCCUUUGGGAUUCUGUCUCUGGACAUAAUGUUACUGUGCAUUCUAUUUGGGACUCAAUUCGAUUACGUGGUAGUGGGGUUCCUUGGUACUCUACUGUUUGGUUCAAACAGGGGGUUUCUCGCUACCAACUUCAUUCUUGGCUUGUCUGUAAGGAACGUCUUAGAACCUUGGACAGACUUGACCACUGGGACCUUACGACCACUUUGCAGUGCUAUCUUUGUAUUGGUGGAGUGGAAUCUCACUCCCAUCUCUUUGUUCAUUGCCCUUAUACAUGUUAUAUUAUGGAUAUGCUUUUUUCUCCCAUCUACAGGACUCGGAUUUUACCCCAUUGGCGAUGGACAGAUCUUCUUGAGCACCUCAUGACCUGCCCUGACCCUUCCAGGCGCACCAUUGCUCUUAUUGCUGCUCAGAUUCUUUCCUACCACCUUUGGCGCGAGAGGAAUGCUAGAAGACACAACAGAGGCUCUUUUGGACCACGAAAGCUCCUUCAUGGCAUUAUCACUGACUUGCAGGCUCGUAUUUUUGGAGAGUCUUGGUUUAUUGCUGCUGGUGCCAGUGGAGUUGUUCGAGUUGAUUGGGUGCUUGAAAAUGGAGCGUCAAUGCACAUGACUGGUACAAGAUCCCUGCUGGAAGACAUAAGAGAAGCAACUGGCAAUGGUGGAGGAAAUGGCAAUAAUGCUGGAGAUUCCACUGAUGCUAGUGGUGGAUCAAUAAGUCAACCUGACAGCAACUCAGGGGGAGCUGGUGGAUCAACUAGUCAUACACAUCAGACUAAUGAUAAUAUUGCUGAAUCAUCAAGUACACAACUUCCAAGAGAAUGGAUUUGGAGCAGAGAUCACCCCUUUGAUCUGAUUAUUGGUGAUCCUGAUGUUGGUAGUGAUUGUUCAUCUAUCAAAGCUGAUUAUCCUUCUUCCAACACUGAGAUUGUAGAAGCUGAAAUUGAUGAAGUUUCUGGUGAACCGGAGGAUGAGUUCUAUACUCAUGAAGAGCUAGAGCAGCUGGAAGAUAAGUCUAUGGCUUAUAUGGCUGCAAGGUUCAAGCACAUCAAGUUUAGAAAGAACCCUCGGUACAAGAAAACUUCAGGGAACAAGUUUCAGGGAAAAGGAGGAUACUCAGGGUCAGGGUCUAAAAAUCUGAAGAAAGAAAAUGAAAAGCUGAAAGCAAAGUUUGAAGCAAUGGUGGCUAAGCAUAAAGGAAGGGCUUACAUUGCUGAGGGAAAAAGCUGGGAUGACACGGAUUCUGAUGAUGAACCUGAAGAGUUGAAAAAUGAGGAAGUUGUUAAGCCUCAAGUAAAACAGGAAACACAAGAUGUAUCUUCUAAUCCCCAAGUUAGAGAGGAUUCUGAUAAAACUGGAUUAGGAAGUACUACUUCCAACAAAAAGAAGAACAACAAAAAUGGUAAGCUAGAUGCUAAGAAAACCAACUCUAGGACUCCCAGUGCUAGAAAGAAUGAUUAA